UGUGUAGCGUUUCGGCCGGCCGACCGUCUAGAGUUUCCCGACAGCUUGGUGCCGCUAUGCAGCGAAUACCAUCACUUGUCUGGUGAUGUACGCUGAGCUGAGUGCGGAGAGGCCGUUUGGUGUUCAGCGCAGGUUGGCGUUACGCUGCCGCUGCGUCACCACAUCUGAUCUUGCUCAAGCCUGCAGCCUAGGCCAGGCUCGCCCGAGUUGGGCGUAGCACAACCCUACGAUCGAUGUGAUCAGUGCUGUGCAGUUAGCUUCUGCCUCGCACAGUCAGUGCUUCGACAAAAUCUUACUGAGUCCUGCUCCUGCCGCUGGUGCAGGGCAGAAUGAAUUUAUAUUUGGACUAGUAAGUUGCCGACAGUCGAUCGUUUCUCCGUUUCCCUCUCUGUCUCUGUUUGUGUGCCGUGUGUGGCCGCGCUGCCGUGACCUGCGCGGAUUCGCUGUCGCCGCCGCUGCUCCACUGUGUCGACUGGCUGGGCUGGCGUCGUGGUGUGCGCCUGAAUGACAUGUCUUCAUCCGUCCCCUCCAAUGGCUCUGUCCUCAUUGCGCCGUCUAACUUUUACAACGUUCAGCAGCUGACAACUCGCCAGAAGGAAGCGUUUGUGCGUGCGUUCCAAGAAGCGGACACCAACGAUGCUGGUCUAGUGGCCGUCUCGGCCAUUCCCAAUCUGGUACAGCAGGUUCUCGGCUCCGUCUCCAACCAUGAGAUGCAGGAGGUCCAGUCCCGCGUGGACAUCCGCGCGCACAAAGGUGAAGUGACAUUCCCCGAUUUCAUGGAGAUCAUGACGGAGACAAUGAGUAGCACCACCCAGUGGGGUCAGCUGAAGACACCUCUUAGCGGAACAGUCGGCUUUGACUCACUGCAAACACAGAUCACGCAGAAAGCGCUCAAGCGUGGCUUUGAGUUCAAUCUCAUGGUAGUAGGCGAGUCCGGUAUGGGCAAAUCAACACUAGUAAAUACUCUUUUCAAGGCCAAGGUCAGUCGACCGUCGUGUAUGCAAGUAACGACGCCAAUACCGUCAACUGUAGAUAUCAAUGCCGUUAGUCACGUGAUUGAGGAGAAAGGUGUUCGACUCAAGCUGACCAUCACUGACACACCUGGCUUUGGUGAUCAGAUCAAUAACAAAGACUGUUGGACACCGAUCGUGGACUAUGUCAAUGAGCAGUUUGAACUGUACUUAGCCGAAGAAGUGAGCAUCAACCGCAAGCGCUUCAUUCCCGAUUCACGGAUACACUGUUGUCUGUACUUCAUCCAGCCGUCGGGUCAUGCAUUGAAGCCACUGGAUAUCGAGUUCAUGCGUCACUUGCACGACUGUGUCAACAUCGUGCCGGUCAUCGCCAAGGCUGAUACGCUGACCGUCGAGGAGAGAGACAGCUUCAAACACCGGAUUCGUGAGGACAUCAAAACACACAAUAUCCGUAUCUACCCACAAGGUUACGACCCUGAGGAUGAGGCAGAGAAGGCGCUCGCCGACGCGAUUGACGCUCUCAUUCCGUUCGGUGUAGUUGGUAGCGACCGUGCUAUCAAGGUGGGCAACAAGGAUGUGUAUGGGCGUCAGACACGGUGGGGUGUAAUUGAAGUUGAGAACCGCGACCAUUGCGAAUUCUCACAGCUCCGCGACAUGCUCAUCAAAACACACAUGCAAGACCUGAAGGAGAAGACGGACAAGGUACAUUACGAGAACUUCCGCCGCCAGCGUCUGCAGCAGCACCAUGAGCAGGCAUCCAAGUACACUGGAGAGAGCAACAUCUGAGAUGCUCGCCAAGCACUGGAUUCCGCGCUUCUGAGCGAGUGCGUCCGCGGCUGUGCUCUACAAUGGCUGCUUACCAGGUGUUUCUGUGGUAAUGUGUGUUGCACAUCUGCAGUAUAGAGCCGACUUUUAUUGAUGUGGAGCGACUGAGUGCUGUGCAGGACGGAGAAAAAAAUGCACUGCCUCCUUUACCAAUCUGACCUUCAUUGCUCUCAUUUACAAGCAGCGGCGCGAUCGCUGUUGCUUUGAGCACAGAUGUUUACGCUAGGCGCACGCUGGGAGCUUUGCGUCGCGACUGCUGCUUGUGCGUUCGCAUGUCGCGUAGCUUCCAUCUAUCUUUAGACCGGCCUCUCUUUCUCUCUCCCGACCUCUCUUCCUCUGUUCUUACGUUUCACCGACUAUACGUAUCUGUGAUGGUCGCAUCGCGAAGCACCGGCGACGGACGCAUGCUCCGGAACAGAUGGUAUGUCUGCCCGUGUGCGUCUGAGUUUUCCUGCAUGUCCGUGCGUCUGCUGUAGCUUGUAGUAGCGUUGACGCAUGCUCUUGAUAUAGUGCCACAUUGCCUCCUUCCCCUCCUAGCUGCUGCUGUGGCUGCUUUCUGUUUGUGCAUUGCUUGUACACAGCUACUACGAAGCAAUACUCUCCGUUAUCUGCUUGCGCGUUCCAUUCGGUUUUGUUUUCUGAUAUGUUUUGCAGUCCUAGAAAUGUUUUCCAAGGUUAUAAUGACGUUGUGUGGGUGGGUGUUGUCGUGUUCGCGGCCGCUGUCAGUGUCUUUUACCGGCCCCAUUCCUCCCUAGCUAGUGUGUGUGGGUGUUGAUUAUUAUCUUGUAGGUUCGAUAUUGGCCGUUUGCCCUGGGCGUGUUUGUGCCGUUUCUCCGGAUCCAUUGCCGCUGCUCUGUCGAGCUUGAUGAUCGCUGCAGGCAGUUGUGUGCGUCUCCUUUCCUGCCUUUGCUGCUCUCUUGUGUUGAAGCGACCGGCUCCUGUUUUCACGAGAAUGUUUCUUUCCCACCUCUUCAGCGGGUCACUCUCCUUGCUAGUUUCUCCGUCGUAAUAAUUAUCAUGCUACUUCUUUGAAGUACUCUCGAAACUCGGCAAGUUCUGGGGCUGCUGUUCUGGCAAGUGCACUACCAGUAUGUAUAGACUUGUAGUUGCUCUAUCCCCAUUUUCUCUGUAACAUCAUCUAUUAGCUAUUUCUAGCUGCCGCAUUGUUGGUUGAAUUACGACAGUUUGUGUAUCAAAGACUGA